AGUAUUGUCGUCCGCCAUGAGUACCGAGUAAGUGUAGUGUCGGUGAAUUAAAACCAAAGAUACAGAAGUAGACUUUUAUCUUUCAAUCGUUUGUGUUCAGAUAUGUUGAGUACGAUUGCAUUCUAAAGUGUCAAUGCGAUUUAUUUUGGUCCCUUGGCGCACUGUCCACUCAUUAAAUGCAGUGGGAUGAGAUCAGAGUGCGAGUACGUAGUGCAAUAGUACAUAAUACAAAUUUAUUAUUGUAAGUACUUGGAAAGCUCAGAAUUGUGUGUAUUGCUUGGAUUAUAUGAGCUAUACCAGCGAUACAUAACUCUGCAUUGAGUUUGAAGCUGCUGGAGACAUUCUCAGUGUUCUUUUGACCGAUUUGCGUUUCGAGUAGCACGACUUUUGAUGCGGCGGACCGACGGUGCUCGGCGUGCGCAUUACCAGUCGACCGGUGCGUUUCGUUUUGAUCGCGCGUGCAAACGUGAGCGUGAGUUACCUUCGUCUGGCCAGGAGGAAACAAGCGCACUGAAGCACACCGUUCGUUGCCAGCAGCACGUGGCCGGGCUACCUCAAAGGCAAACAUGCGGUUUCCAAUAACGUUUAACCUAAACCAAAAUUAAUUUAACUUAUCUCAAUUUAUAAAAUUAAAUAUAAAGUGCCCAAAGUGUUAAAUUAAAGUUAACGGACAAAAGUUUAAUUUGCGUGUUUUUCAAAAUGGGAGGUCAGCCAGAGACUAAAACCGGUGAUAAUAAAGACGUGGACAAUGUGUCGACCGUAUCAGCAGGCGGUGACGGAGGCGGUGUUAAAAUGAAAAAAGAAUUAGCACUAAUCGAUGGCGUUGCAAUAAUCGUCGGCGUUAUCAUUGGUUCCGGCAUUUUCGUGUCACCCAAAGGCGUUUUGCGCUACUCCGGAUCUGUGGGACAAGCGAUUAUUGUUUGGAUCAUGAGCGGGAUUUUAUCAAUGGUCGGCGCAUUAUGUUAUGCUGAAUUAGGAACUAUGAUACCAAAGUCUGGCGGUGAUUAUGCUUACGUUUUGGAAGCCUUCGGUCCUUUGCCAGCUUUUUUAUAUCUAUGGGUAGCACUUUUUGUGUUGGUACCAACUGGUAAUGCAAUUACUGCCAUUACGUUUGCUCAAUAUAUUCUACAACCAUUAUGGCCGACCUGUGCGCCUCCAUACGAAGCGGUGCGAUUGAUCGCUGCGUUCACAGUGUGUCUUCUUACAAUCAUCAACUGCUACAACGUGAAAUGGGUCACUCGGGUACAAGACAGUUUCACCGCCACAAAAAUAUUUGCGCUCGGUAUCAUUGUCGUUGCAGGAUUUUGGUAUCUUUUUAGCGGUCAUACUGAGCAUUUCCAAGAACCCAUGGCUGAAACGAAUACAAAUCCUGGUUCAAUUGCCUUGGCAUUUUAUUCUGGCCUAUUCAGUUACUCAGGGUGGAAUUACUUGAAUUAUGUGACUGAGGAAUUGAAAGAUCCAUACCGGAACUUACCACGUGCGAUUUGCAUUUCCAUGCCGAUAGUAACGAUCACCUAUGUGGUAACUAACAUCGCUUACUUCGUGGUUUUAAGUCGGGAAGAUCUUCUUGCAUCCAACGCAGUUGCUGUUACCUUUGGGGAUAAAAUGUUGGGGGGUUUCAGCUUUGUCAUACCGAUAUUUGUCGCUUGCUCCACGUUUGGUAGCUUGAACGGGGCCAUUUUUGCUUCGAGCAGGUUAUUUUUUGUUGGAGCACGACAAGGUCAUCUACCCAGGGCUAUUGCAUUGAUUGAUGUAAAACGAUUCACCCCAGUACCUUCUUUAGUUUUCAUGUGUCUUAUAACGUUGUUCCUCACUGUGAUUGAAGACGUAUACGUUCUUAUCAACUGUGUCUCAUUCGUCGAAGCUCUCUUUAUCAUGCUCAGUGUUGCCGGACUGGUGUAUCUUCGGUACACCCAACCUGAUCUUCAACGUCCGAUUAAAGUAAAUCUUGCGUUGCCAAUUGCGUUCUUUAUAAUAUGUACGCUGUUGGUAACGUGUCCAUUCUUUGAGAACCCUACAGAAGUAACAAUUGGUUUGAUAUUUGUACUGUGUGGUAUUCCCGUUUACUACUUGACGAUCGCGUGGACGAAUAAACCCCUAUGGUUGCGUAAGGCUUUUAACAGUUUUAAUGAUGGUUGCGCGAAACUGUUUGUCUGCAUGCCUGAAGAUGGUCAUCUUGAAUAAAUCGGUAGGAGGUAGGCUUAUAUUCUGUUAACGCAUCUCUCGUUAUUUAUGGGAAAACAAAUGGUUUACAAAUAUUAAGUUUGUUUAUUAUGUCUAGUGUCUAUAUUUUUUUCAAGUAUUUUUAUGUUUUGUGAACGUUUUGAUUGCACUAAUAGCCAAUAAGAGGUUUACAAGUUAUGUUAAUAUUAGUAAGAUAUGAUUAAGAAGUAUAUAUUACUUUGUCAUGUUAUCUAUUUGGAUAAGUUUACACCGAAUGCCAGAUAAUGCAUUUAUGUUGCUUUUAAGUUAAAGUUUCUUUUGAUAUUAUAAGAAAUACUGUAUAUUUUAUGUUGUGCAUGGUGCUGAAUGUCAAUUGAAGUGAUACAAGAUACAGUUAAUUUCGCCACAAAUAGCAUACUUGUGUUUGCUAUAAUCAUGAAAAUUUCUUAAGAUAAUCUUAAGGUUUGCUCGUGGACCAAAGACAAAUGCUGUCUCAGGGUUUGUGAACUUUUUUAUACAAAUAUUCAGAAAUAUUAUUCUAAAGAAUAUAAUGUUCGUGACAAAAUA